GCUCCUCCUCCGCUGUAACCGGGAAGAAGUCGCUAAAUCUCAGCCCGGCGGCAGCUCGACGCGGUGAAACACGAGCAGCGGAUUAACAGAGAGCUGCAGCAGACGAUUCUACACCACAGAAGACUGACAGAGAGGUUACAGCAGAAGGUCUCCGGAGAAAGAAUGCUGACUGACUGGAUGGUCCAGCUCAGCUCCUGGUAGAGAUGUCAGAGCCUGCAGGACGCUGCUCCGUCUCCUCCAUCUCCUCCAUCUCUCUGGUGGAGAUCAAGGCCGAUACUCAUCUGGUGCUCCAAGCUUUCCUCCAUCGGACUCUUUCGGUUCCCCCCAAAGAGCGACCUGGCCAGGUGGGCGGAGCCUACAACGACUACAACAAGUACAGCCACAAGCCACAACCACGGCCGAAGGAUGACAGGGAUUCUCAGGAAGACGUCAGCUCUGCGGACGAGAAGAAGAUUGGAUUUAAGGACUUCAUCAAGCAGCUGCCUCGUAGAAACACUGCACGGCGUCACGCCAAAGACCCCAGAGGCUCCCUGGACAGAAGCAACAAGGCGAAACACCCCAAGGACCCGGCAGAAGAUGACGUCAUAUCUCCAUCGUCUUCAUCCGAAGAAGAAGACGGUGAGAAGAAACCGCAGAAGAAGCUGAACCACAAGAUUAGGAAAAGGCUCUCCAAGUUCUUCAAGUUAAAGUUGGAGAAGGAGAAGAACAAGGAGGAGAAUGUGUCUCAUCCUCAGAGGCCCUCUACUUUAGCGAUAGAUAGAGGAGCAGAGCCGCCACCAGACAUCGUCUCUCCCAACCAUCCUCCUGAGUUCUACAAUCAGGUCGCAGAGAAACUGGAACAGAUCGCACAGAAGUCCACCAGCAUAAAGAAACCGAGUCCCAUGGCUGCUGCGCUGCCAGCAGUGUGUGAUAAAGAGACGGUGGUGCAGCAGCUGGUUCAGGUUCUUUCUCUGGAGGGCGACACCAUCAACACUAAGAUCCAGUCGGACCCCUUCCUGCGCACCAGCCUGGCUCGUCUUUCGUACCCGUCGUUUGCCAAACUUCUGGACACGUUCAGCAGCAGUCAGGCGUCCGCGGCAGCAGUCCUGCCGCCGCCAGCCAGUCCAACGCUACAACGCAUGGCGGUCACCAUGGAGGUGUCGCGGCGGAUAGUCACGGCCACCGGAACCCAGCGAAUGCAGGGCUUUGCAGAGUGCUACAUGGAGAACUUUGCCCCAUGGGUGAAGAAACACGGAGGAUGGGAGAACGUGGUGGUUCUGGAGGAGCACGCAGAGUACGACUGAGCUCCAGCCGUCUAGUUAUUCCAGCUGAAGCAUGAGCUCUGGAUUAUAACGUGAAGACAGAUGGAUGCACUGUGCUCUGCUGUCCUGCAGAGUGUCUUCUGGACUCUAGAAGGUUCUUUGAUUCUUGUGAAUCUGGGCAUCGGAAAAUCCUUCUACCUGGAUUUUGUUUUACAGAAGAAGAAGAAGAAGAAGAAGCUAUUUGUUUACUUAAGUUAUUUUACCCGAACUGUCGAUUAAUUUGAGUUAGAGCCGGUUCUAACUGUGUCUUCAGGUUUGUUUGUGGGCUACUUACAUUCAGAUCUCAGUUCUGACCUUACAGACGACAUUUUAAUCUCGGAUUCCUUUUAGUGAAAUAAUUCUACCGGUUGCAGGAGUAGAUUCCUGUGAUUCAUAUCUGGAAAAGAAAGAAUAAAGUAAUAAAGUACAAAGAAUAAAGUAAACUGCUGUGCUCAUAUCACAACAGUGACAUUCACCUCGAGAUUUGUAUUAGACCACAGGGAAAGUUGAACCACUUUCCUGCUUUUCCCUCCUUGUGUUUAGAUUGUAAAAUGUAAUUGAACAAACUAUUUAUGGUGGAGACUCUUCCUGUCAUCCAGUUUUGUAGCUGACUGGUGGUCAAGUAGCGAUCAUGUCUCUCAACCGUUCCGUUUUUAAAUAUUGGCUAUUUAAUUUUGCGUUCUUUUAAUGUCCGUUCUUCCUCGACUGCAGCCUUCCUGGUUUAUACAAUCUGUUAUCUAAUGUGAACAAAUGUCAGCUGAGCCUCAAACCACCUGACAAACAGCUGAUCACCAUCACAUCCACUGGCAGGUGAACAAUAAACACUAAUUUUAAGGAG